AUGAAACAGAGAUUUGAAGAUGGAGAAAUUGAUGGGUUCUUGAUUGGCGAUUCGGAAUAUCCUUGUCUGCCCUAUCUAAUGACACCUCUGCUCAAUCCAGGAAACGCUGCCGAAAACAGAUAUAACCGCGCUCUCUGUUCCACGAGAAAUGUAGUUAAAUGCAUGUUUAGAAUGUGGAAACGAAGAUUUCCUUGUUUAACAUAUACUCUCCGAUUCAAGAAGUUACAAACAUCUCUAGCAGUGAUUGUAGCAACUGCUGUAUUGCAUAAUAUUGAUAUCAGUGAAAGAGAACCCAAUUUGGACGAUGACAUUGAAGAUCCGCAACCUCCACUUCAGAUCAACAGAGAACAAAACGGACGUGGAAAUGCUGUCAGACGGGCUCUUAUUCAACAGUAUUUUGCCUAA